AUGACAACCCUCAAUCUCAGCAGCAUGUCUUGGCACUCAUUAACGUUGCUAGGAGCCGUGGCAUUUCUGUCGUAUUGGUUCAGUUUGAUUUUAUACCGGCUCUAUUUCCAUCCAUUCGCCAAGUACCCGGGCCCAAAGUUAGCAGCAAUAAGCGAUUGGUGGUAUGCGUACAAAUGGUACCAUGGCCGUUACCCCUGGGCCAUUGAGGAAGUUUUCAAAAAAUACGGCGAUGUGGUCCGGAUCGCACCCAACGAGCUUGCAUUCUUUACAGUCGAAGCCCAAUCAGAUAUCUUGUUACCAGGCCUCUCCAGAGACAAGUCACCCUUCAUCAAGGCUGAGGAGAUCCAGCACGUCAAGGGACAGCAUGUUGGAAUUGCCGCUGACCCGAAUCCGGAGACGCACCGGGUCGUCCGCAAGAUGCUUGCUCCCGCUUUCAAUCGUCGUGCCUUGAAGGAGCAAGAACCUGCUGUACAUCAACACAUUGACAGACUCAUAGAGAAGCUCGGAGUUGAGAGCAAAGAUGGCACAGACAUGACAGAGUGGUUUGACCGACUUGCAUGCGACAUAGCCGGGGAUAUGUGCUACGGACACGGCUUUCAUAACGUUGAAGAUGGCCAGAGCAACCUUUUCCUCAGUGUCUUUCGCCGCGUCGGCACCUGGGGUACUCUGAACCAAGUCAUGAUGCGGUUUCCUCUCCUGCGACCCUUAGUUUUCUUCGCCCUGCCGCCCAGCCUUGCGGCCAUCGUUCCAACCAUUUUGCGAGAAAACAGCAAAAUCGUUCGGGACCGCGUGGUACGCAGGAACAAGCUUGCGCACCCUGACUACUUCUCGCUGAUGGUGGACGACGAACAUCAACCCUCGGAGGACUUUCUGCUCGCCCAGGCUAACCACUUGAUCAUCGCUGGAUUCGACCCCAACAGCAAUCUUUUCACGUCUGGCGUCCACUAUCUGCUUACAAACCCAACCAAACUGGACAAGCUCCAGCAAGAGGUUCGCACCCACUUCGCCAACUACCGCGACAUGGAUGGCGACUCGCUCGAGGACCUUCCGUGGCUCAACGCAGUGAUACAAGAGUCGCUCCGUUUGCACACGAACGGCGCCUUCGGACUCCCACGAUUUAGCCCUGGAGCUUUUGUUGACGGUCACUGGGUCCCCAAGGGUAUGCGGGUCCAAACAUCCAUCUUCGCAACUUCGCACUCGGAGCGCUAUUUCCGGAAGCCCCGCGAUUUCUGCCCCGAGAGAUGGCUUCCAUCUUCGCACCCUGACUACGACUCUGCCUUCGACUCAGACUUCAAGUCGUCUUUCAAGCCUUUUUCUAUGGGUCCGCGAGGUUGUGUUGGCCAAAACAUGGGCAUGCUACAAGCGCGUCUCCUGUUCGCUAAGAUGGCCUGGAAGCUGGAUUGGGAGCAUGUCAACAGAGGAGAGGCUGAUUGGGAGCGCGAGAUCAAGCUGUACGCCCUCUGGGAGAAGCCUCCCGUGAUCGUCCGUUUUACACCCACUUCCCAUACAAAGCCAUGA